CCUCCUAACGCUCUUACAUCAACAGACUCACAAGUGCCAUGGCAGCUAUUACUGCUCCCUGUGCCGCCACCAUCACCACGGCCACCGCUGUGGCCCGGACUGCAUGGCAAAAGGAAGGAAGCGGCGACAAGGUGAGCAAGCGUGAGAACGUGGAUGUGGGACAAAACACUAUCGUGGAGAAAACCUUUGAGUUCUUCCAGAUGUGUGACACGGAGAACAAGGGCUUCAUCACCCGACGUGACAUGCAGAGGCUGAACACCGAGCUCCCUCUCAGUGCGGAGGAGUUGGAAAAUGUGUUUGAUACCCUUGAUUCCGACGGCAACGGAUACCUUACCCUCGAAGAGUUCUCCUUCGGCUUUAGUGAGUUUUUAUCUGGUCAGAAGAUUUCUGUAGAGGAAGGCAUGGAAGAGAAGAACCCCUGUCAAAGCCCGGCAGAGGUCCUGUACCAGACCCAGUGGGAGGAGAGCCGGGCAAGAGAAGAAGACGAGGAUGAAGAGGAGAAACACUUUUGCUUGCUCAUGGAAAACCUCGGAGCCAACAGUGUCUUUGAAGAUGCUGCUGAGGUGCGCAGUUUGUGGGCCCAGGUGCGCCGAGAUGAACCUCACCUUUUAUCCAAUUUUGAGGACUUCCUGGCAAGAGUGACUUCCCAGAUCAUAGAGGCCAACCAGGAGAAGAGGGAGAUGGAGAACGCUCUCGAAAGGAAAGCAGCAACGCACGAUGAUGAGAUCCAGCGCCUUUAUGUGGAAAUGGAGCAGCAAAUAAAAAGUGAAAAAGACAGGAUUGUUCUGCAGGACUACGGGCGCUUUCUGUCUCGCAGUCAAGACCUGGAGCUACAGCUGUCCGCUAAGGAGAAAGAGCUGGAUCAGCUCUUUCAGAAGCAGAGAAGGUUGGAGAAUCAGUGCCAGAAACUUCAAAGUGAACAACAUGUGGCCAAGGUGGAGAACGUGAAACUGAAGCACACGAAUGAGGAGUUAGCGCGGGAGCUGGACCACACCAGCCGGGAGCUGGCCUCGGCCCAGGACCAGCUCAGUGUGCUGCAGGAGCAGGCCACACAGCUUCACGAGGAGAAGGAGAUUGAAAUAUACAGGCUGACCGAGGGACUGCAGCGAGAGCGAACCAGCCUCCUCAAACAACUGGACCUUCUGAGGGAAAUAAACAAACAUUUACGAGAUGAAAAGGACAUAAUGAAUCAGAAUCCAAAGAAUUCUAAGAAAACACCAAGUUUGAAGCAGAGGCCUUCGGCCAAUGUUGUGAAACGCACAAACACAAAUGUCUUCAGAAGUGAGGAUGAGGAGGAGCUGACGCCCAGCUCUGUGAGAGGCAACCUAGCCAAUGGCCUAGGCCAGUCCUUUAAACUGGCAGAAACCAGAGGGCACCUCCAGAGGAUCAUCUCCAUUGAGGAGGACCACCUCCCACACUUGCUCCAGAAUGACUGCCAGGCCCAAAGCCCACUGCAGGAGUAUAGCGAAGGAGAGGACGCCUCAGACAAUGAGGAGGACAUCGACUUGGUGAUGAGCAAUAUUUACCUGUGUGCGUCUUCUGCCCAGCAGCAGAAGUCAAAGAGACAUGUGGAGGAAAGGGAAACCCCCACAUCUCCGAGGGUUCAGCCUGUUGGCAAGGAGACCAGCAUACAUGAGGAAGAUGGUCCUUCGCCGCCAGACCGCCUCUUCAAGAUCGUCCUGGUGGGGAACUCCGGCGUAGGAAAGACCUGCCUCCUCAAGCGAUUUUGCGAUGACUGCUUCCAUUCUGGCACUUGUGCCACUGUGGGUAUAGAUUACAGUGUAAAGACGUUAGCUGUGGACAACAGCCAGGUGGCACUGCAGUUGUGGGAUACAGCAGGACAGGAGAGAUAUCGGAGCAUCACCAAGCAAUUCUUUCGCAAGGCUGACGGUGUGGUUGUGAUGUAUGACAUCACAUCCGAGCAGAGCUUCACUGCUGUCAGACAGUGGCUGACCAGCGUGAAGGAGGGAGCCGGUGAGGACAUCCCCAUCAUGCUCUUGGGAAACAAAACGGACAAGGAGAUUGAGAGACAAGUCCAGAAAGAAGUGGGCGACAGACUAGCCAAGGACUGCCAAAUGAUUUCCUAUGAGUGCAGCGCCUGCUCCGGACACAAUGUGGUGGAGUCCAUGAUUCAUUUGGCCAGAAUUCUGAAAGAGCAGGAGGACAGAGAGAAGGAGAAGACAGUGCAGCUGUUUAGCGGCUCCUCGGGGAAGAAGAGAUCCUGCUGCUAACAGUUAUUACACAGCUCGCUCACACACAGCAGCACGACCCUUCACUGGGACACACAGUGAGACAGUGGGACCACAUGGGCCACUAAGGACACCUUAGUCUGAAUGUCCUUUCUCAGUCUUUCACUUUGUGGGUAAUCCCAACACCUGGAUGGAUGGACUGUAAGUACGUUAUGUGUCACGGAUCGGAUUGCACUUUAUAAAUUAUUAUAUAAAUUAUUAUGAAGUGUUUACUCUAUGUUUACCCAAGUAGUUUGGAAAAAAAACUCAAAAUUGCAAUAUUAUGGAAAUAUAUUAUAUAGUAAAAUAACAAUACCAAGAAGAGUGUAAGAAAAGUUUGAAGAAUAGAUCCAACUGAACAAAUGUAAGUUGAGCUGAGUCCCUUCUGAGUCAAACUAAAGCGUUUUCAUUUUUUAAUGUACGAUGUUCCUCAAAGUAUUGACUGUGACUCCUUAAAUAUUUAUUUAACUUCCAAAUACCCUUUAUCUGUCACAUGUGGGUUUUUACUCUAUGUAUUAAUAUAUUCAUUCAGUGUUAUUCAGAGUGGUUAUUUUUUGGGCCUUUCCGCCCUAUUUGACAGGACAGUUAGGGGAGAGAGAGGGGGGGGAGACAUGCAGGAGAUCGUCACAGGUCGGAUUCGAACCCUGGACUUCUGCAUGCGGCAAAAACCUUCCUGUAUAUGUGCGCCCGCUCCACCCACUGAACCACCCGGCCACAGAGUAGUGUUUUUCAGCUGUUCUGCGUCUUCACCUUUGGUACACAUGCAUGACACAAUAACGAUAACAAACAGCGAUAAAAUAUUAUAAAUGAUCUAACAACCCAGCAUUGAGCGCUAGCUUAGUCAAGCUUUGGUGUUCAGUUAGUGUUGAGACACUCAUGUUUUAACUGAACUACGACAUUAGCUGUAGUAUUACGUUGCAUCGCAGUAUAUUCUACUGGUGUCUUAGGUUCUUUCCCUGCUGGAUGAAGUAAAACCAAAAGCACUGCCGUGCAGCACGGUACGGAAGUCAAGUGCCUCUGUGUUCGUCCGCUGAAUGAACAAAAAUGAUUGUGUAGUUAAAAUUCAAAGCAGGCGUGUGUGUUAUUUUUUCAUCCGUACAUUUAUAUAGAUUUGUAAUUCUAUUGUUUUUGUUGUAACAGUACUGAUUGGUUGUUAGGAUACCUGAAUGUUUAGUUGGGACCGUGCCCCCCCCCCCCCCCCCCCCCCCCCCCCCCCCCCAGACCAACUGAAGUUGUGUGCAGACAUUUUUAUUUCAUGUAACCUUAAUCUGCCUCGUUGCCAAAUACUUUAUGAAAAUGUAGUCACUUUGUGUAAUGUGGAUGUUACAGGAAGGUUCAAAUUUGAAAGGUGAAAGGUUCAGAUGUUCCUGUUUGAUAUUACACUAUGGUCACACAUGGCGUUCCACUACUGCCAGUGUCUUGCAGAUCACUUUAAUCCACCUAUUAAAAUGUAAAUACAUAAAAUAAAGAAAUAAAGAUGUGGUAAUGUUUAUAUCAUUUGUGAAGGACUUCCGUCUGAUACAAUUAAAUCAAAGUAAGUUCUAAAGCACCACCCAGUGGAUGAGUUUGGACAUUGCUGUUUAUUCAGUUUUAAGUUGACAUGACAAUAUGUGAAACAACAUUCAAUAUUUUGGGGAACCAACACGGCUAUUUAUUAGAAUUUGUAUGACUUAUAAUCUAUAUAGAGAAUUAGUUUAGAGUUAUGAGCAGAAAACUUUAAGAAUACAUUUUCCGUAAAGGUGUUACUGGACAGAGUGCCAACGGUGCUGUCUCAAUACACAGGAAGUAUCAUUCUAGAGU